CGGGAACAGCCAGGCAGGAAGUAGAGGUGGAGCAAUGAGAACAGGAACAUUCUGGGAAGAAGAAUGCCCAUUUUUCUGCAGUCAUGAUCCAGCUGCAGAAGAAGCAAGAUGUGACUGCCUUUCUGAAUAAGCACCAAUCUACUUCAAGAGGAAGAUGGGCACUGAAGAGGCUCCCUAUGGAGUUGGUUAGCCAUUUGAGCAAGAAACUGCUCUUGCCUAGGACCCACAGAGCAAUGACUGCUGAACUUGCCUAAAGAUAAGCACAGACUUCACCUUUAUCAAGGAAACUUCUCAUUGCAACAGACAGAUCACUGCAGAAAACCACAACCAAUCAAAAUACAGCUGUGAGCCUUCAUCCAGUAACUGAUGGAAACAGAUGCAGAGAUCCACAACUAAGCACUGGACUGAACUCCUAGAUUCUGAUCAUAGGGAGGGAGCAGUGAUAUUAUGAGCAAAGGGGCCAAAACUGUGAUGGUGACACCACAGAAACAGCUGACUGGAGCAAGUGGGAGCUCAUUGACACUGUUUUAACAGCUGGGGAACUUGCAUAAACCUGAACUAGGCCCUCUGAAUGUGGGUGGCAGUUGUGUGGCAUGGGCAGUUUGUGGGGCCAAUAGUAGUGUAACCAAUAUUUAUUCCUAGUGCUUAAACUGGCUUUUUGGAGCUCAUUCCCUAUUGAUGGAUACUUUGCUCAUACUGUAUACAUGGUAGAGGGCCUUGGUCCCGCCUCAAGAGGUAGGGCAAACUCUUACUCUGCACAGGAGGCCUCACCUAAGGAGUGGAUGGGGGUGGAGAGGGGAGAAGGUGGAGAGGAUAGGAGGAACGAGGAUUGAUAUGCGAAAUAAGAUUAUUUAAAAAAUACUUUAAAAAAUUAACAAAAUAGAGUUAUGCAUACAUCUACAAAACAGCUUCCACAUCUAAGGCUCAGGAAACAUUGUGGAAAUUGGAGCAGCAAGAUUAUAAGAUUCAGAGUAACAGAGAAGUUGACACAAAACUGUAUUUUCCUAGUAACAUCAGAAGCUAUACCUAUAAGGUCAGACCAAUGUGACUGCCCAACAAUAAGAUGAAAAAGGACAUCACCAUUAGCCUUGACAAAGUGUAUAAGGAAAGCCCAGGAGGCCAUAACCCCACAUAAAGAACUACAUGUUACUAAGGACUACUGAGAGUAGCAGAAAUAGUAUUACUAAAAGAGCAUGCCAGUUGGUUAACCAAUAUCAAUGGUCAGUUCAGAAAACAUAAUAUUACUAACAUUAUAUAAACUGAGCAUAUUCUAUUUAGGAAUAUAUAUUUAUAUAUGCACAUGCAUAUAAUAACACAUAAUUAAAAAGAGGUUAUGAAUUUGAAAAAGAGCAAGGAAUAGCUAUGGGAAGGGUUGGAGGGAAAUAGAAAAAGGGAAAAAUGUAAUUCAUUAUUAUCUCAAACAUAAAGGGAAAGAAGUCCCCAGUUUUCUAAGAAAUGACUCACUGAUAUAAAUCCCAUGAGUUAAUUUUUGAGGUGCUUUACAUUUUAUCAAUGUACCAAAUUUCAACUAUUCCAAAAUUCAUUUGAGACUUUCAUUCAUACUUUUCUGAGUAAUUUUGAACAAAAUCAAGCAUAUAACUAAUAACACAUCUGCUUUUUUUUAUAUCAUUAUUCCUCGUACUUUAAUCUAGUUCUGUUACAGAUUAAAGGAAUACUUAUUUCUUGGAAUCCAGUUCUAGAACACCUGGAAUCUGCUUGCAUUAGUAAUGAUUUCCAACCACAGUUAAUAAUUUAUCGUUCACUGAAUACAUUCUGUAUUGAAGGUUUUUCUGUCAUGUAUUUGAACAUUUCAGGGUUUUUGUUUGUUUGCUUGUUUCUUAGAAAGAAAAAAAUGAAGAGAAUACUGAAAAUGUUUUCUCUAGGACACAGUUUAAAAUAUUAUUUGUCUGCUUUAUUUUUUGACCCAGAAAAGUCACAAUAUAAGUAAUUCUUAUUUUUUAUUAGUUUCUGUGUAUGUCGUAAAAGUAUUUUACUUUUUCAUGGAAUAUACAAUUAACCAGUUUCACUAAAUGCAAAAAAACAAAAAUGACAAAAACAAAGAAUUCUGGUGCCAGCAAGAUGGUUUCUGGUUAAGAGAGCUUUCUUUUUAUCAGUGGACUAGAGUGCAGAUCAGUCUUCUAUAUCAGGCAGUUCACAAAUACCUAAUAUUGCAGUUCCAAAGGAUAUGAUACCUCCUUCUCCUUAGCAUGUGCACUGACACAGAGAGAGAGAGAGAGAGAGAGAGAGAGAGAGAGAGAGAGAGAGAGAGAGAGAGAGAGAGAGAGAGGCAAAGAGCUAUCUGGUUUCUAACCACUGUAAUUAUUCAAUUUUAUGAUAACUAUAGCAAUAUGGAGACCAUGAACUCAAAACUAAUAGUCUCAGUGUCAGUGGUGCUAGUUUAUGGAAGAAUCCAUGCUGGUAGCCAUGACAGAGGAGUUGUAGUCAGCAAUGAAGCUUAUGUUCUUCAUUUCAACAAACAAGAGCUAAACACUGAUCAUCUCUAGAAUACCCCUUGCUUCAGCUGUGCUUCCUUUUGUUUGCUACUGCUGUGUUUUUACCAUAUUGUGUGUGGUGUGAUUACUACGUGAAGGACUCCAACUUUUCCUAGUAUAAUGUUAUUGGUUCUUAGAAAAAUCCCACACCUCACUGCCUAAUUUACUUGCAGAUCAUAGUUAAGGUGAUUUUAUAAGAGAAGUGAUGAUCUAUGAAUUACUUGUACUUUCUGGAUUAGCCUAAAAGAUACAGUGGGUUAGGAUACUUAGUAAAGAUGAUUUUGGAAAAUGGUUUUGGUUAUUGUGCCAACUACUCUAGUAAAAGACACAAAAUAAAAUGCAAAAACAGGCUAAAAGUUACCUUCGCCUUUGUUAGAUGUGAAAUUUACAAAAGAUGAAAGAUAAAAACAAGGAAGUUCCAUGCAUUAUAGACCCAUGAAUUCUACCUGUGGAAUAACAGGCAGGUGAUUGCAGAAAACAAUUAUGUCCUACACCUAUAUUUAGGCCUGAGUUCUUUUGCCAUGUAGUGUAGAGAAUUAGUCAUAGAUCCCAGCAUACACCUUGAAAAAACAAAAUUGUGAAAAAAAAUCAAAUGACCCUAUUGUGUGUAAAGAAAAAUAGAUGGUUAGACCAAUUAAAUGAAGUUUUAUAGGUAUCUGCUACACUAAAGCCGCAAACAGCUGCCUGCUAGUACAAAAGAAACUGGUUGAAUAUAUUUGGCUUGCUUAAAACUUUGUUAGUUAAUUAUGAAAGAAUCAUUGCCUUGGGAUGAUGAUGUAAUGGUGGGAAAAUUAAUACGAAGAAAAUUGUUUAACUACUUGUGGGCUUCUAAGAAAUACAUGUAAUUUAUGAUCUUAAUAUGAUUUAUUCUUUCAUAAAGAUUUUAGUUUUGGAAAAUAAGUUAAUUGUGGUUGUGAGGUAAUGUUUUCUUGUGUAGAAAGUUUUGUAUUAGGAGGUAUACAUGGGUAAACAAAUAUAACAGAUAAAAUAAGAACAAACGAUGUAGAAGGAAAAAUAUCAGGAAACAAAGAGAAAGAAAUCAUUAGGGAAAAAUAGAAGGAUAACAUUAGAAAGCAUAGGCGAACAACUGUGUACAAAAAGUCAAACAAAAGCAACAGGGUAAAAGAACAGAGCAGAGAGAAAACAGAGGAAUAACAACCAGCAAAAUGAAAUAUAAAAUGAAGAAUGAAGCUUUUUUCCCCCAUGUGUAACUGCACUAUGUCCAACAGUUUACCUAUUCAUAUGUCCUCUCCAGCUUUUCUGACCUAGGAGAGCCUGCUGAGGACUGGGUUCCCCCAGUGGCGAAACCACAAUCAUAUAAAUAGAUAAACUGAUUCUGAAUGCUAACAAUGAGUUGCAUUGUGUCAACCUCAUUUCUCCCACAGGCCAUUGGUUAAACAUUGGACAAACGCUAGGAAUUAGGCUCUGCCCUUCCUAUAAACAGUGUAUGACUAAAAAAAAAAAAAUAUAUAGACCAUCUGCCCUAGCAGAAAAGUGAAGAAUAAUGAGUUUCAAACACUGGUGUGUGGGAUUAAAUGAUGGCCACAUCAUGCCUCUACUGGGCUAUGGAACUGCUCAAAAUCCACAGGUUUCUAAGAGUAAGAUAUUAAAGUCGACUAAAAUAGCAAUAGAUGUUGGGUUUCGCCAUAUUGAUGCUGCUUAUGCAUACAAAAAUGAAGAGGAGAUAGGACAGGCUAUUCGAAGUAAGAUUGCAGAUGGUGUUGUGAAGAGAGAAGAUAUAUUCCUCGCUACAAAGCUAUGGUCUACGUUCCAUCGACCAGAACUGGUCCAGCUUUGCUUAGAAAAGUCACUGAAAAAAUUUCAGCUAGAUUACGUUGAUCUCUAUCUUAUUCAUUACCCAAUUUCAAUUAAGCCAUCAGAAGAGCUAUAUACAAAAGAUGAAAAUGGAGAAAUAUUAUUUGAGACAGUAGAUCUCUGUGCUACAUGGGAGGCCAUGGAGAAGUGUAAGGAUGCAGGACUGGCCAAGUCCAUUGGGGUGUCCAACUUUAACCGCAGGCAGCUGGAGAUGAUUCUUAAUAAGCCAGGGCUGAAGUACAAGCCUGUAUGCAACCAGGUAGAAUGCCAUCCUUAUCUGAACCAGAGCAAACUGUUGGAUUUCUGCAAGUCAAAAGAUAUUGUUUUGGUUGCUUAUGCGGCCCUAGGUUCUCAACGUCCAAAACCCUGGGUAGACCAGAAUGCCCCAUUUCUUUUGAAUGAUCCAGUUCUUUGUACCAUGGCCAAAAAGCACAAUCGAAGUCCAGCUCAGAUUGCCCUUUGCUACCAGGUGCAGCGUGGGGUCAUUGCCCUGGCUCAUAGUUAUGAAGAGAAUGAGAUGAAAGAGAACAUACAGGUACUUGAAUUCCAGUUGCCUCCAGAGGAUAUGGAAGUCAUAGAUGGCCUGCACAGAAAUUUCAGAUAUUUUCCUGUGACUGUUGCUGCUGGCCAUCCCAAUUUUCCAUUUUCGGAUGAAUAUUAGCACGAUAGCCUUUGCCAUGACUUCUACAUCAAGCUACUAAGUGGGGAUAAUCAUGCUGCUGCUGCUGAUUGAGGUGAUGCUAAUGAGACACACCAUGGCUGGUUGAUCUAUACCACUUAGCAACUCACAGACUAUUGAAGCCACAUUUACCAACCUGGAAGAAAGACACUAAGGUUUUAAUCACUUGUUGUAAUAAAUAUAAUGUUCUUUUCCCUAAAGAA